ACGAGCCCCACCCCACUUCCCGCCGCGGUUCCGGCGCUACGCCAACAGUAGUCUGCCCAGAUCCCUUCCGGCCGCUCCGCUCAAGACCGCGGUGCCCCUGACUGCCCGCCCCCCCUGGCGUGUGGAACCAGCGGCAGGGUUCAGGUUUCCAGCCGGUCGCGAAGAAAAGAGCGCUUCCGGGAUCGGAGGUACGCCAGUGGCGUGCGCGGGCGCUUCCGGGUCGGUGCCGGGUCAGCUUCCGGGCCACUUCCGAGGUCCGCGUCCCUCGUGGGGACCCUGCAGCGCCCACGGGAUGAAGGCGAAGAGCUCCGAGCGCGCCCCGAGCAUCUCCGUGGCUCGGACGGGGCCGGUCAGGAAGCUCACUGGGAAGAAAAGCAAGAAGAGGUUCUGGAAGAAAAAAGCGCAAGGAGGAAGCAAGACGCCGGGAAGCGCCCCCAAAGGCGUCGCGGGGCGCCCCCCGAAGGCCCGGGAAGACUUCUCUCAAAACUGGAAGGCGCUGCAAGAGCUGCUGAAACAAAACUCACAGGUUCCGGAAAAAUGCCUUGUAUCUCAGAUGGACCCCCAAAAGAAAGAAAAAUCACAGGUCCUGGAGAAGCCUCUUGUCUCUCAGAUGGAUCCCAAAAAGCAGCCCAAAGUUGCCCAGCAGGACAGAAUCUCAAAUAAAUCAAAGAAAGAUGAGACUCCAAAAGGAAAAGACCAAGAGGCCAACCGGCACUCCAUCCCCUCUGGCUCUGUGUCGGCACCCCUCACAAAGACCAGUGGGAUACAGUAUGAGAAAGAAGCCCAAAAAAGGAGAAACGGGGACAUUUCUUCAAAACCAGGGGACACCAAGCACAAGAAGCAGAAAGCGGAAGAGGCAGCCAUGGCUUCUGCCCCAGCCCCGCCCACUGAGGAGGACAUCUGGUUUGAUGAUGUGGACCCCGCCGACAUCGAGGCUGCUGUGGGCCCAGAGGCAGCCAGGAUAGCGCGGCAGCGGCUUGGACAGAAGGAGAACAGCAUCACCCUGGAGAAGGCACAGGCCUUUGAUGGCCUGACAAAAGCCCUGGCCUUGGACUGCGAGAUGGUGGGCGUGGGCCCCAAGGGGAAGGAGAGCAUCGCGGCCCGAGUGUCCCUUGUGAACCAGUAUGGGAAGUGCGUGUACGACAAGUUCGUCAAGCCCACGGAGCCAGUGACAGACUACAGGACGGCAGUCAGCGGGGUGCAGCCUGAGCACCUCAAGCAGGGAGAGGAGCUCGCAGUUGUGCAGAAAGAGGUGGCAGCAAUGCUGAAGGGCAGGAUCCUGGUGGGGCACGCACUGCACAAUGACCUGAAGGUGCUGUUUCUUGAUCAUCCCAAAAAGAAGAUCCGGGACACACAGAAAUACAAACCUUUCAAGCAGCAGGUGAAGAGUGGGAGGCCAUCUCUGAAGCUGCUUUCCGAGAAAAUCCUGGGUGUCAGGGUCCAGCAGGCAGAGCACUGUUCGAUCCAGGACGCCCAGGCCGCAAUGAGGCUUUACAUCAUGGUGAAGAGGGACUGGGAGAGCGCGGCCCAGCGCAGGCACCCCUCAGCCAGCACCCAGGACCAUCGCAGUAAGGACACCUAGCCCCUGCCACCAGCCUGAGGUGGCAGGGCCUCGGCCCACCGGCAUGGGACCAGGUUGUGGGACCAGUUACAUCUCCCGAAAGCAGCAAGUCUGGCAAGCCACUUUUAAGGCUGAGAGCACAGGAUGUGAUGCCUGGGCCACAGUGGCCAGGGGACAGGCAUGCAGUGGAAGUGGCGAGGUGUGUCUGGGGUACAGCCAGGAGAGGUUGGGGUGCAGGGGCACCUGGUUGCCACCGAUGCUCUAAUGAGCUAUGGGUGGUUGGCCUAGUGCUUGAGUGGCUUCCCCUGAGGUCACUUUGCCCUCUUAUCAUGGGUCAGGGGGCAGGCUGUGCCAGACCCGAGGGAUCCAGAUCAGGUCCCUACAGCAGCCAUUGAUAUGGAGGCAGCUGCUGUCACUGGGGACUAAUGUGGCCAUCAGGCUCUGGAGAGGAACUGUGGGGACAGGGUCCCCUCACUCCACUUACUUCAGUUAGGCUGGGGUUGCUGCAGGCUGGCACGCAGCAAAGCUCUGUGCCCGCCACCCAGAUGCAGACUCAGGCACCAUAGCUGGUGCCUGCACUAAUCUGGAAAGGCCAUGGGCUCCAGUGGGCCAGCCUGCCACAUGCUGGCAGGGCCCAGAUCCCAGGCUGAGCCACCUGCCCGCUGUUUGGGACCCCUUUUGCUGACGGAUGUGGUCACGUGCUGCAGGUGGGGCUUGUGAGGCCUCCCAGUACAUGCAGGGCCCUGGGUUCAGUCCCCAGCACAUAAAUAAACGCUUAGCACUGUG